AUGUCUAGUGAUGGAGACUCACUUUUCAGGCUAAAUGUUCAGCAUAUUACCAAGCCUUCAUCAUUCUAUAAGCAACGACAGCUUGAAUGCUACCAACCUCAAGGCUCUCCCACAAAAGUGGAGAAUAAAUAUAAAAAUUUAGUCCCAUGUCGAUGGAAUCCAUCCGGAUGAAGAUACUCUGAAAAUUCCUCCCCAGUCCCCAAAUCUAAUCAACCUCUUAGAAAAAGUGCAAACUUGAGUGUAAAUGAUUCCUAUUUUACAACAAGCUACGAUAAUAGUUUUUCAGCUAUAAGCACCAAAGACAACAAGAAAUGAAAUCCUCGAGUUUUCGAUCCAAGCAUUUCCCGAUACAAAAUCAAGCCAAGGAACUAUGUUUCGCCAAUUCCUCAAGAUUAUGCUGUAUUAAAUGAAUGCCUGCAGAAUACUAAAGCUAAAAAAUCAUUAUCUCAACGACCAAAAGCCUCGAAAAUUAAAAAUAAAGAGCUAGAUCGAUCCAUACGCUGGGCAGGAGUUCUAAUACACAACAACCCUAAUAUGUUUAACAAGAAAAAAGGGGAAGUCAGGAAAAAAAAACUCAGAUGCUUUUAUCCUGGUGCCUUUUUUUCCAAUCAAAAAUCACUGUAAAUUAAGGAAAAACCACUAAACCCUUGAAAGUAUUUUAUCUAAAUUUAAUUAUAAUGAAUGAGGAUAAGCCUUCACAAACGUAUAGAUAAAUAGCACUAACAUUAGUAAACUUAAAGUCUAAUAAUCAAUGCUAAUUGAGUAAAUGAGCAAAUGUAUGCUAAUAACAACCGAAAAAAAAUAUCCCCAUCCGAUGGAAAAAAAUCCCUAAUAAAAAUUUAAAAAUUAAUAUGUUCGCUCAAAAAAGAUUAAUCAAAACAACUCUAAAUGCAUAAAUAAGACGUUUCUGACCAAUUUGAGUCACAAUUUAUAGCCAAAAGACUUAAAACUUAUAAUAAAUCAUUAUGUUUAUAUGAAUAAAAAUAUUGCCAAAAUUGACAAGAAAAAAUUCUUGAAUGAAAUUUUUUAGGGUUUUUACGGAAUAAGCAUAUAAAAAUUUUAUUGAAAAAAUAAAUCCAGGAAAAAACCUAACUCCUCACCCCAUCCUUGAUCUAACGACUCGCCAUCGUUCGAUCAAGGAUGGGGGUUUAAAAAAAUGUUUUUGGGAAAAAAUUGGUAUAUAAAAUAAAAUAUAUAUAUAUUUUUUUAUUUACUUUUAAAUAAGAGGUUUAAGAGCAUUUAAUAAUUAAAUUUACAGCAAAAAAUCGAAUUAAUUUCAUAAAAUACCAAUUUUAAUAUUUUGAUUUAUUAGUUACCCUUUUAAACUGCAUUGAAUUAAAUAUUUGUUUUUAAAUUUAAAGAAUCUCUAUUUUUUAGAUUAUUGAGCUUUUAAGCCUCGGCUGAUGACUAAAUCACUUCGGAUGGUUGGUUUCGUAGCUUUCUGUCGUCUCAAAGCUCUGAAAACAACUUAUUAGGUACAUCUCCCCAAUCUUUUGAUAACUAAUAUAUUUUUAUAUAUUUAAAAAUUUGGGGUGAGGCUGAAAAAACCCCGCUGGGGUUUUUUUCCGCCAACUUUUUCACCGUUAAAUUUAUAGGAAAAUUUUGAAUUUUCUCCAGAUGGCGGAAAAAACCCCAUAAUAAAAAAAAAAAGUAGUGGCGGAAAAAAUCCCAGCGAAAACAAAAACCGUCAAAGUCAGAGGAAAAAACCCCCAAACGGUGCUAAAAACGGAGGAAAAAAACCCCAAUAUACAAUAUAAUUAAAUGCUUAAAAUGACAGGUAAAUAUUAGAGAAAAUACAAAUAAAUAUUUAUAAUUUAGUUGCAAUAAAGCAAUUAAAACAAUAUUAAUAUAUAGAUGUAUAGAUUUAUUCUCAAAGUAACUAUAAAGCUAUGAUUAACAAAAAUAAUGGAAAAAUAUAAAAAUCAACUAUAAAAAAAUUUACAUUCAAAAACCUGGCGGAAAAAAAAACCCCGAGUAUGGGGUGAAAAUUGGCGGAAAAAAACCCCAAUGUUUUUUAUUUAUAAUAAUUUUUUUUCAAAUAAUUAUUAGCAUGGAUAGAUUUUUAUAUACCGAUGACGCCCCUCAAUCUUCAUGUCUAUUGAAACAAAAAUGCAAUUUUUUAAUAUAAAAUUUUAUAUAGAAAAAAUAAAUUUCAUGUCUCUUGCAACAAAUUUUCGAUGCGCGUCUUAAAUUUUUCCGUUCUUUAAUAAAAUGGCGAGUGAUUACAAUAGCCGUCCAAAUCUCGAUGAGAAGGUCAUUUACACGCCUACAGCAGCGCUGUUUUAUGGUGUUUUUGAGAAACUCGCCUAGAGAAAAAUGCAUUUAAUGUUUUUUAUAAAAAUGUUGUGUUACAGUAGGCAUGAAGAUUCUUUCGAAAAAAUUUUGUUGCAAUAGACAUGAAGAUUGAGGGGGUCAUCUUUAUGUUUUUGAAUUUAUAAAUAUCCAAUAAAAUGGGCGAAGCGGAUACAAUUCAGCAUAUUAGCUACAGCCUCAUCAAUCAGGUUAAGACUAAGUUAUAUGCUUCCUUUAUUAUGAGCUUUUCAGGACAUGCCGAGGAUGAAUAAAAGGUGAGCUAGUAAUAUGCGUUGCAGGUGGAUACGCGUUUUGCUAGUACAGGAUUUGUCGUAGUGGAUACAAGGUGAAUUGGCAUAGUCCCUAUAUGUUAUUUUGAUCUUUGUAGAACAAUAUCUAAAGAUCAAAAGUAGUUAUUGUAAUUGCCCGAGGAUGGCGCUAUCUUGCGCCAUCCUCGGGCAAUUACAAUAUCUAAAAAUUCUUCUAACAAUGGCAAAGACUAAAAAUAACGAUUGUCAUUGUCAUUUUUACUUGUAAGAUCGCUACUUUACCUCUUAAGGUAUUCUUUCAUAGCGAUCUAUAUAGGAUAUAUCGCAGUUGGAUGCAGGAUGAUCUCUACAGGAUGUGUCGCAGGCGAAUACAAAAUAAGAAAGAGGAGGAUGUGCCACAAGUUGACACAAGAUGAGUUAGUGCAGUUUGUGUCGCAGGUGAAUACAAGAUGAGCUAGUACAUGAUGCAUCGAAAGUAAAUUUAUGGCUUAAGUAUUUGAUAGUAUUAAAGUAAAUUUUUCACCUUCUUGUUUAUUAUUCAUAACUUUUUAUAAUUAGAACGCUGAAUGAUUUAGCAAUAUAUAUAUAGCCCAUAGAUUGACAAACUAGAAUGAAAUAGUUAUUAAUUAAUUAAUUAAUUAGCAGGUAAUAAGCAUUAAAAAUCUAUCCAUGCUAAUAAUUAUUUGAAAAAAAAUUAUUAUAAAUAAAAAACAUUGGGGUUUUUUCCGCCAAUUUUCACCCCAUACUCGGGGUUUUUUCCGCCAGGUUUUGAAUGUAAAUUUUUUUAUAGUUGAUUUUUAUAUUUUUCCAUUAUUUUUGUUAAUCAUAGCUUUAUAGUUACUUUGAGAAUAAAUCUAUACAUCUAUACAUUAAUAUUGUUUUUAAUUGCUUUAUUGUAACUAAAUUAUAAAUAUUUAUUUGUAUUUUCUCUAAUAUUUACCUGUCAUUUUAAGCAUUUAAUUAUAUUGUAUAUUGGGGUUUUUUCCUCCGUUUUUAGCACCGUUUGGGGUUUUUUCCUCUGACUUUGACGGUUUUUGUUUUCGCUGGGGUUUUUUCCGCCACUACUUUUUUUUAUUAUGGGGUUUUUUCCGCCAUCUGGAGAAAAUUCAAAAUUUCCUAUAAAUUUAACGGUGAAAAAGUUGGCGGGAAAAAAAACCCCCGCUGGGGUUUUUUCCGCCUCACCCAAAAUUGCAUGAUAUAUGAAAAUUGCUCGAUCAAGGAUGGGGGUUAAUUUCCCAAUUUUUAGGAAUUUUUACAGUCAAUCGUUCGAUCAAGGAUGGGGGGGGAGUAAUAGUAAAUUUAUUCUAGGAAAACAAAACUUUUCAAUUUGCAUGCUUAUCUAAGCAAAUUGCAUUAUAAUACAAAAAGAAUGGAAUAUGAUAAUUUCUAGCAUUCUCACUCGAAAAUAAGAGUUAAAAUCUUUAUUAUUUAUGAAUGGAAGCUAAUAUAUUAGCUCUCCCGCGCACGGAGGGGGAGAUAGGGUUUUUUCAGAACAACCGAAAAAAGCCGAAUUUACAGAAUUCGUUGACAAUAUAAGUAAAUUUAUUAUGAAUUAA